AUAUAGUAAGAUUCACCAGAAUGAAGUUUCUGUUUGUUUUCAUUCGAUUCAUUCAGUUAGCAGCACUGAUAGCAAGUUUUUUGAAGUUGAGUAUAUAGUUUUCCGGAUAAAUAUUUUCUUAUACCAUCUCCAACAAUUAAUGAGAGCUCAUUGAAGAAGAUGGGGGACGAGACAAUUAUAGCCAAUUUCAAGUCACUGGUGGCUCAAAUGUUGAAGGAAAAAAACAUAGAAAAUUACAAUAUAGAUAUAAAAGGAAAUUCUGGUAUCGGUGAUGGAUAUAUGGGCGACAUUAUCUUCUUCAAGGUCACUAUGGAAAAAGAUAGCAGCGUACUCAGCCUCGUUAUGAAGCUUGCGAAGAACAACAAAGCACUCAGAGAUAACUCAAACCUGGAAGAGAAUUUCAGAAGAGAAAUAUUUAUGUAUGAAACAGUCUUCAGAUCUAUAGAAUCCUAUUUCGCAAAGCUGAAACCAAAUGUCAAAGUGCUCGACUAUAUUCCCAAAUUAUUUUGGUCGAAUCCAGAACAAGGCAAGGAAGCACUCGUAUUGGAAAAUCUCAAAGCGGAUGGCUUUACUAGUUGGGAAAAGUUUAAACCUUUGGAUUUUGAGCAUACCAAACAAGUGUGUAGGAACUUGGCGAAAUGGCAUGGAGAAGUAAUGGCCUUUAGAGACCAGAAUCCGGACCAGUUCGAGAGUUGGAUUCCGAAACUAGAAAAUAUUAGAUACGAAUUACUAGUACAAAUAGGACUUAUUAAGCAUGCAUACAAAAAUUAUAGGAAAGUUGUAGAGAUGUUCGAAGAACGAGGACAGCAUGAAUUAGCAGUGAAGUUCAAAGCUCAAGAAAAAAAUUUAGAAGAUUUUUGCAAAAUUGCUGAGAAAGAAUCAGAUAGACUUGUGAUAACACAUGCUGACUUAUGGAUAAAUAAUGUCCUUUUCAAAUUUCCAACGAAUGGCAAUAUUGCUAGUGAAAACAAAUACUUUGAUUUUCAAGUAUCCAAUGUUAAUACACCUGUCGAAGAUCUCUCGUUUUUCAUUUAUGGUCACUGUGAUAAAGAUGUUCUCGAUAAACUCGACCUUGUGCUGCAAGAUUAUUAUGCCACGCUCUCAGAAACAGUGAAGAAGCUCGGUAGUGACCCAGAAAAAAUAUUUUCCUACGAAGAUCUAGAAGAGCAUUGGAGAAAAUAUGGUAUGUCUGGAGUAAUUUCCGCACUGGAAAUUAUCAAACUACAAUUGAUUCACGAAGACGAAAUAGAAACUGCGUCUGAAAUAACAGAAGGUGGAGAAGUCAAACUUGUAGAACCUUACAAUUUCGUUAUCAGGAAUGAAGAUCUGUAUUUCGAGAGACUCAUUUCCCUUUUCACCCAUUUUGGAAAUAAAUAUUUUUGAGGUAUUCGACAGCCACGUUGUCUUUCAUUUUUAUUUUAAUAAAUAAUUUUUUGCU